UGCGUGUUCAAAGGGAAGCCGGGAGGGCUGCGCUGCUGGCCGCGUACUCUCCUCGCCCUGGGUAAACUCAAUAGGCUAUACUUGUUCAAGAAACGUGAAGUCAGGCAGGACAUCCGUCUGACUUCUUUGUGUUAUUAAAUAAUUACCAGCGUCGCGAAAAGGUUGUGAGGAUUUUCAGGGGUUGUGCAAAUUGUGAGUGAUCGCUUUUCAGUCUUGUAGGUGCCGCAGCAGGCCUCUGAGGAACCAUGCGUCUGAUGUUCCGCCGGCGCUUGUCCCCGCUGAAGCUGGUUCUGCUGGGCGGCACGCUGUUCCUGGUGGUGCUGGUGGUGCUGCAGCGGGACGUGACCGGCGGGCCCUCGCCGCAGGACCCCUGGUUCCAGGACCUGGUGGAGCGCAAGCAGCGCGUGGUGGGCAUGGUCAUGGGCGCCGUCAACAACCUGGGCUUCCAGAUCGGCGCGCCGCAGCCGCCGCCGGCCGAGCCCGCGCCCACCUUCAACCAGCAGUGCCCGCCGGGCUUCUACAGCCAGGCCGACCUGCGCCCGCCGCUGGAGAGGCCGCCGCAGGACGCCAAGGCGCCGGGCGCUUCCGGCGGCGCGUUCCCCAACGACCGGCUGAGCCCGGAGCAGGAGAAGGAGAAGGAGGAGGGCAUGACCAGGCACUGCUUCAACCAGUACGCCAGCGACCGCAUCUCCCUCUCCCGCAGCCUGGGGGAGGACACCCGACCACCCGAGUGUGUGGAGCGCAAGUUCCGCCGCUGUCCCCCUCUCCCCACCACCAGCGUGAUCAUCGUCUUCCACAACGAGGCCUGGUCCACCCUGCUGCGGACCGUCUACAGCGUGCUGCAUUCCACCCCGGCUGCCCUGCUCGAAGAAAUCAUCAUGGUAGACGACGCCAGCGUAGCAGAACACCUGAAGGAGCGGCUGGAUGAGUAUGUCAAAGUGCUGAAGAUCGUGCGGGUGCUACGGCAACCGGAGAGAAAGGGCCUGAUCACUGCCCGACUGCUGGGGGCCAGCCAGGCCCGCGGGGACGUGCUCACCUUCCUGGACGCCCACUGCGAGUGCUUCCACGGCUGGUUGGAGCCCCUGCUGGCCCGUAUCGUGGAAGAGCCCACUGCCGUGGUCAGCCCAGAGAUAGUGACCAUCGACCUCAACAACUUCCAGUUCCACAAGCCCCAGCCCACGUCUCGCGCACACAACCGUGGCAAUUUUGACUGGAGCCUGACGUUCGGCUGGGAGGCCAUCCCUGACUACGCGAAGCAGAAGCGCAAAGAUGAAACCUACCCAGUGAAAACUCCAACUUUUGCUGGUGGUCUGUUCUCCAUCUCCAAGGCCUACUUUGAGAAGAUUGGCACCUAUGAUGACAAGAUGGAGAUCUGGGGGGGUGAGAAUGUGGAGAUGUCCUUCCGGGUGUGGCAGUGUGGAGGAACUCUAGAGAUCAUCCCGUGCUCGGUUGUGGGUCAUGUCUUCCGCACCAAGAGUCCUCACACCUUCCCCAAGGGCACCGAGGUCAUCACACGCAACCAGGUGCGCCUCGCUGAGGUCUGGAUGGACGACUACAAGCAGAUUUACUACCGCCGAAACCAGAACGCUGCCAAAAUGGCCAGAGAGAAUCAGUUUGGUGACAUAUCUGAUCGUUUGAAACUCCGAGAAUCUCUGCAGUGCAAGAACUUCUCCUGGUACCUGGAAAACGUCUACCCAGAAGCCUUUGUACCUGAUCUCACCCCUGUCAAAUUUGGAGCUCUCAAAAACUCGGGGUCUCAGAGCUGCCUGGAUGUGGGAGAAAAUAACCAAGGAGGAAAGGCCGUGAUCAUGUAUGUCUGUCACAACAUGGGGGGAAACCAGUACUUUGAAUACAGCUCUCACCAAGAGCUACGACACAACAUUGGCAAACAGCUUUGCCUGCACGCCAAGGCUGAUGGCGUGACCAUCGAGCUGUGCCAGCUUAAAGGCAGGGGCACUCAGGUGUCACUGGAGCAACAGUGGAUAUUUACAGAGGAGCAGCUUCUGAAGAACCCCUCCUCGGGCAAGUGCGUCCACCUCAGCAGCGGCCAUGUGCUGAUGAGCCCCUGCCAAGCAGCUGACCUGAACCAGCACUGGUCCUUCAGCUGACCGCCUUCCCUCUCGCCCUACCCCGCCCCACCCCACUCCAGUCCACCCCAGGAGCCAGGUGGAGCCCUCCCCUAGGACUCCGAGCCUGAGGGUCAGCGCCACAUCAGGACCGCACACACGGAAGGAGCAGGAGCACAGGGAAGGCCAUCUCUCCUCUGAGAGGACCACCUUAGCCUGAAGAACUGUGACUGUGUCUGCACCUUAUGAGAGACUUGGAAAAACACACUCUCGUUUACAGAGUGUGCUGGCAAUGGAGACUCAGGGAUUGUGGGUUAAGCCAGGGUAACUUCUACAAUGUGGAGGAAGGGGACUACAACCCACUCUCUCUCAUAUCGGUCUUUCUGUCUUUUUUUCUUUCUUUCUUUCUAUCUUUCUCAUAUAUUCUCUCUCUCUCCCUCGUGGCUCCUCUAGUUCUCUCUCUUUCUUAUCUUCCUCUCUCUCUUUCUCAUCUCCUGCUCUCUCUUUCUCAUAUCUCUUUCUCUCUCCGAAGAAGAAAUCACAGGUGGUCUCUUGCAUCUGUGUGCUGCUGUUGACACUCCUGCUUUUAAAAAGCUUCAUCACUUUAUUUAAAUGCUGAGAUUACAACAAAUGAAUAUUUUUGAGAGUUUCUUGUGUUGUUUUGGCAAGUGUUCAUUUUUGAUGAAUGUCCAUAUCUCUUGCCAAGAAUAAAUGCCAUUUUUAUUUAAGUGGUAUGAUAAUAAUGCCAAUUCUUUCUGCUACUUGGGAUACAAUAUUAAGCGUGAUUGCACUGUAUUGAAUGGUGUUUUGCCCAUCAGACCAUAAACCAAUGGGAUCCCUUUUCUGUUGACGUAAAUGAAGUAAACCGUGUUUCUGUAGAUUCAUAUACUAAGGUACAGCACAGCAGUACCCGUUCUACCAGUGAAUACAAUGAACAAGUGUUCAGUGCAACUUCACUGAAAAAUGUUGUUCAACUUUCAGACACAUAUUUGUUUCCCAUUAUGAAAAUAAUAUCUAUGCAGAACUGAAGUACACGUGCAAAGAGAAGAGUGGAAAAGAUGACGGAUACAAUGAGCAUUGCAUGACCGCAGGAUGAAAUUGUGGGAUUAGGAUGUAAAUUAAUGGUUAUCUGAAUACUGAUCAAGGUUUUAUACUUGCGAUUUUGUUUGGCUUCAGUUGGCCUCAAGUAAAAGUAUUCUAUUGCAACAGACUGAAUGAGGCCUUUCCAGGAAGAAGGAAGGAACAAGGGGUCUCACAGAAAAGAGUGUAAAUGUUUACUGGAAUGAUCUGAAACUGAAGGCCCAUCUGAAACUUCUUAAGUCCUGAACCACUCCCAGUGGGGAAAAUGAUAAAUGAAUUGACAGUGCCAGAAUGGGGUUUGGGGUAGGCCUACUUGGUGAAGUUUGCUUACCAUUCUGUUCUCGGAGAACUCUGUAAUGGGGUGUGUGAUAAGACUGUUUAACUUACUGUACUGUUGUGAUUUAAUUAUGAGUAAAUACAAUGUGUAAUUUUGUA